CCCGAACUCAGCUCAUCUCCAAUACAUUCAACGAAAAGAACAACUGUUUGAUUUAUUUGCAAUAAUUUUGUAUUUUAAAUUAGUUGAAUAAUAAAUAGUAUUAUUAUUUUGAAUGGAAGCGGUUUGUAGCGCCAACGAGCGUGUUUUCAACUCAGUUACAAAAAUAGAUGUGCAACUUUCGCAGGAUGAGUACGCCCAAAGGUAUGAAACAGCUGCAGCUGCAGUGCAGCCUUCGCCAGCCUCCAUUGUCCAGAGGCGCACAAAAAUCUACGAAUCGCAACUGUCACAUCAAUCAGCCAACACAUUCGGUUCUCGACUGGAAAAGCUGUCAGAGGGUCAGAAGCUUAUGGAUGAUCAGUGCACCGACUUAAAUUGUGCGCUGGGCAAUAAUAUUGCGAACUGUCUAAAAAACAUGUAUAUCACCCAAAAGAAGCAACAAACCGAUCAGCAACAACAGCAACUAUCAAAGUGUGUAGGGCUAACCAGCAACAGCAAGAUGAUGUUAGCCAAACCACUUCGAUUGCAAUCGAGUCCCUGUUUCGAGGAAAAUCUUCCACAAUAUGCUGAUCCUAAGGGGCCUAGAAUUUUAAGAUCGAUCGAGAAUAUGCGGGACUCACUGAAGCCAAUCGUAUUUCGUCGCUUAUCAGAUUUUUAUUUAAGCGACAUUAAUGCAAUGCGCAAUGCUCAAAAGAACCAGCCGAAAUCCACGCUAAGAUGCUCGAUAUUGAAGGAUUCAAUGUCACGUAUAAACGAAUCCAAGCGAGUGACGCGUCGUGUUAACGUAAAGUUGCCUUUAAGGGAGAAAGAAAAAGCGACUAUAUGCGAAUCCGUUGCUAAGAAAGAUUCAACGAUGCCUGCUGCACUGGAGAAGCAUUUCGUUUCGGAUCAGCUUGUGAGCAACGAGCUAAAAUGGCACAAUGAUCAGACAUUGCAAUUAUAUUUCAUUGAGAUGCCUCUUCUUAUCGAGCAUCUAAAACAGGCUGCAGCGGGCCUGCAAUCAGAAACGAUUGUUUGCACGGACGAAGGAAAUUUUGUGUUGAAGCCCAACAUAACACUAAGCGUUGUUUUGCCCGAAUUACUGGCUGAAUUUGCAGAACCAUUCCUUGCCUCCGGCAAAGCCUAUCGUCGACUAAGUGGACGCACUCACUGGCAGCACACCUCGAAUCGAAUUGAACGGCCUCUCAACCGAGCUUUGCGUCAGGCAAUAAUAAAUUUCCUUACAAAUAGCCGGCUGUUUCUACUAACGCUAUCUGCCAAAAACUUAGGACAAUUGCUGCGCGGCGCAGGCCCCGCCAUGGAUUUGCUGCAACAGAUGGAUCAAAUGCUACAAUCUGAUCAAAGUCUGAAUAAUGCCGACGGUAUAAGCGGCAUGAGUGGAAUGAGUCUGUUGAGCUUCGUUUGGUCGUUCAUUAAUGUGGGCAUCAAUUGCCAAUUCUCGCAAUUACUUUUGUACCUGUUAAGGUCGUUGUGUGAGACGUAUUUCGCACAGCUGCAACGUUGGCUCUACCAUGGUGAACUCGACGAGCCCUUCAACGAGCUCUUCAUUAAUUCGUGCUCGCAUAAAUUAAUGCACGAGCGCAGCAAAGAGUUUUUCGACAAGGCGUAUUACGUACGAUCCGAUGCAGUGCCUGGCUUUUUAAUGGGCUAUGAACAGGCCAUACUUCAAUGCGGAAAAUACAAUCGAUUUCUAAAGAACUAUAAUUCCCAGCAUGCAGUAUUCAGUUUAAAAUAUCCCAACUUAGUUGUCUGCCUGUCGGAGCAGCAGUUGAUGAAAAUGCGCCACGAAUUGGAACAGCAUUACGAUCAAAUACUGCAGAAUAUCAAGCCAUUCAAUAUGCAAGACAUCUUCGAGGAGCAAAUAGAAAAUAGCCGACGCUUUGGUAAUCGCAUGUGGGAUUGCACUCAGUCGUUUAUUGCUGCUUGGAAGCAGGAACAGCAUGAUUUGCAAUUAGAAGCAAACGUAGUUAAAAAACGACGCUACGAUGAACUUAAUGAACAGCGAGAGCAACAAGAGCAGUUGCGAUUGGAGCAGCAACGCUUAGAGGUAGUACUUGAGAUGCAAUACCAGCAAAAUUGCGAUAAGAUGGAAGAACAACACUUGCGACAGAAUAAAAAGACGUUGGAAGAACAAGUGGCUCCUUUAAUACAAAAAACAACAACUCCGAUGGAAACGACUGAGGACGUCAGCCCAGACGACAGCACAUGCAGCAGUCGCAGUUUUGUGUCAUGCGAGGAACCAGACUUAGAGAUGAUAACGGUAAAGCCGGAGACAGAAGUGGCACAGCCUAAUCCCGCUGACGUGCUCAAUUCUAAUGAGAGCGAUAUGAAUUUGGCUCGCAAUCGUAUGCGCAACAAUUCAUCCGAACAGUUCCAGGAAUGUCAAAUGAAAGUGAAUCUGCGCCAAGUGGCGACCACCAGCCUAACCUCUUACACAGAAGCGGAACGUAAUCGUAUGCGAGUUCUCAAUUGCACAGAGCAGCAAACUAAAUUGCCGCCAGAUAUGAACAUGAAUAUCGAAGAUCUCACAGAUUUGCAGCGGAAUCGGUUGCGCAUGCAACAGCAUAAUACUUUUAGUUCGUUCAACAGUGACGACGAUGUUAAUACUGAGUCCCAGAAGCGUUUGUUGCAUUCAGACUCGGAACUUGCACGAAACCGCCGACAUGUAAUGGACGGAGACUUCACAAUCAGUGGAGGCUUAGGCAAUGCCCUGCAUUUGCCAUUGACGCCACAACAGCCAAGUGUGGAGUCAACAUUAGACACAGGAACUCCCAUGUCCAUCACAUCCGAUGUGGAAAUUGCUGUUGAUGUUCCAGAAGAAAUAGUUGACGCGGCUAAUAACAAUGAUACAAAUAUUAGUAGUCACUGUGAUCAGGAUGGCACAGAUCAAGUUCCGUUAACUGUGCCUACGCCUCAAAUUGUACCUGUACAAAAGGAAAAACCAGUAUUUAAAUUACCUAUAGUACAAAUGGAUAGGGAGCAGUCAAAUGCUACCGUUCAGAUAGAAGAAAUCGGUCAUAAUCCAUUCAUAAUCAAGCGUUAUAUGCAGCUUUCUGUCUUGUUGCCACUUAAGUCGCAUUUGUCGCUCCUACGCAACGAGGUUUUGCGCAUAUUUCAUGAGCAAAAAGUUUAUGAUUAUUUUUGCGAUCUACGCAAAUAUUUUUUUUUGCUAGACGGCGAAUUCGGAACUAUGCUUAUUAGCGGAAUUCUGGCUCGAAUUGAAUCUUGCUCAAUGCCACAUAGGCUAUGCCAGAAAGGUGUCCUGGACUCCAUACUCAACAAUUCACUUGGUAACAGAGCGAUAGAAGGAUCUUUGACGGCUUUAGUGGCCGAUAAUCUGGCUUUGAAUUGCACAAAUAUACCGGAAUCUAUUGAUAUAAUGGACAUCAAUGCUCUGUCCAUAUUUAAACUGGAGUGCAAGAUGGACUGGCCACUGAACCUAGUGUUCAGUGUUGAGACCAUGGAAAAAUAUGGACAAAUAUUCACGCACUUGAUGAAGCUUCGACAUGUCAGCUUUAUAAUGGAACGGACCUAUCAGGACUUCCAACAGUCAUCGAGACUCCAUGGUCGAAGGCUACAGCAGUCGCCGCAGUAUCGUCAUUUGCAAAUGGUGCGUCACAAAUUGUCACAUUUUGUCCUCACGCUGCAGAAUCAUCUGGUCACAAACGCAUUGGAGGGCACAUGGAAGUCCUUUACCGAUGAGCUGAUCUCGGUACAUUCUGUUGAAGAACUUUAUCAGCGACACGUGGACUACUUAAAGGAGAUCGCAUUCUUUUCGCUACUCAAUCGUCGGAGCACCAAAUUUCGGGAAACUAUUGAUAGUAUACUUGUGAUUGCGCUCCGUUUUUGCAAAAUUCUUAACUCAAGGUCAUUUGUUUUGGAUGAAGAAAAUCAGUUUGUUCAUCCACGCUAUAAGCGAUUAGUAUUCGAGGAAGCCGAAUUUGAAAAAUUCAUUCGAUAUGCCAUAUACUUAGGAAACAAAGUGGCUGCUUCAGGAUAUCAAGAUAAAAUAAUUGAUCUUAUACGUAUCAUUAAUUAUAAUAACUACUAUAAUGUAUCUGAUAGCAGUAAAUAA